UUCAUGGUGCGACUUAUUGAGUAAAUGCAACGACAUUUUGAAGCGUGACUCGUCGGAGCUGCUCAGACUCUCAGCUGCAGACCAAAAGCUGGACCAGCGCUGUGGAGGAGAUUAUCCUGGAUUCAAAGAUGAGGUCUGUAACUUCUUUAAGACUCUGCAGGACUGUGAAGUCACUCCGUACAUCAUCUUGGAUGGAGGCUCAGAUCCUGACAAGCACAAAACAGUUGUGUCUCGCCUUGGAAAUAGACUUGAAAAAGCAAAGGCAGUAGCCAAGACUGAGCCCAACGCCGUACCAAAAGGAUGUAACGUCUUACCACCUCUGGUCAAAGAUGUCUUCAUAGAAAUCUUGAAGGAGAAAGGCAUAGAGUUUAAACAGUGUUUAGGAGAGGCAGACCCUGAAGUUUUUUCUGCUGCAAAUCAGAAACAAUGUCCUGUGCUGGCCACUGACACAGAUUUCUGUAUCUAUGAUGUGGACAAAGGUUUCCUUCAUCUUGACAACUUUGAGUGGAAAAGAAAGAAGGAUGGAAAAAUUCCUGCUAAGCUCUACACACGUUCAAAGUUUUGUGAGCAUUUUAAAUUGGACCCUGCUCUCAUGCCAGUCUUUGCUUCAAUAGCAGGAAAUGAUUAUUCAAGAUUAGAAGAUAGAGGUAGGUUUGCAAGAGAAUCAUCUUCAUCUGGUGAGUACAGCAUUAAACGACUGGAUGGUAUGCUCAGCUUUUUAAGUAAAGUGAAUCUGGAUGGUUUGAACGACUCACAGAAGAGAGAACGUGCUCUGAGUCACAUCUUUUACCAACUGAGUCAUCAUGUUGGUAAAAAAGAAAAUGAAACAUUCAAACUUGCCAUUCAAAAAUAUGUUGAACCAGAAGAAACAAGUUUUAAUCUGCCUUUGUGGAUGCAUGAAAAUAUGAUGGGUGGAGAACUCACCACUUUCGUCACAAGUGUUGUGGAUCAGAAGACAAUGAUGCUGACUCCAGUUGUGGAGGACUUUUCACAGCACAGUAGUUACACAGCAGCUUAUCGUAUCAGACAGUACUUCUAUGGGCUGUUAAUUGGAGGUCAGAUGUGCACUGAAUAUGACAGGGAUCAUAAAAUAGAUGUGCAACCUCUCCUGCCAAAAGUGAGCAGUGAUGAACAGAAACAACUGGAACUACAGCGUCUGCAUGAGGCUCCUGAGGGUUUGCGUCGCAGGGUGUUUGAAGAAGCUCUGCAGGUUCAGACUUCAGCCUUAGAAAACAUCCCCGACCAGCUGAAGCUGCCAGUCUGUGUGACUGUUUUCUGGUUCAAGAGGCUACAACACCACCCAAAAUCUGAAACUGUCCACUGCCUCCACGCCCUCCUGCUGGGGUUCAUGUUUAACCCCAAUAGUCCAGAGGACGAGUUUGAGAAGAAGAUGAAAGCUUUAAAGGAUGAAGGUGUGAGUAACUGGCAGCCCCAUGUGGCUCAUGCUUUUAGCCAAUGGCUGUGCUGCAUGAGGCAGAGCCUCCACCUGAACCAGCUGCUGUGUUCCCCUCUACCAAAACCUCAGUGUGCCCGGCUUUACUGUGGACCUCUCCUUCAUCGGCUGGCAGAUGAAGACACGAUUGAAGAAGUACAGAAAACACUGAGAGGAGAAAAGAAGGAAUUGUAUGAGAACCUAAAGACUGCCUGUAAUCCGUCUUCUGGAGAGGGAUCCUCUCAGUCCUUGAUGAGUGCAGCUCCCUCUAAUGAGAAGGGAUCGCAGCAAGUCCAGAAACGCAAGAGGGAAGAAGAGCAGAGAGACUCAAAGCAGAAGAAAACAGAUUAUUGAGACUAAGUGAUGCUGCUGCUCCUCAAAGGAGAUCAGGGAAGGACUGAAGCUCUGUUCUGUUACACUCCUUUGUUAUUCUCAGAAACUUUGUACCUUUUCUGCUCUCACUUUAGCUGUACUCUGUCUUCUGUAUGCUCUGCAUUGUCUAUACUGAAUGUAAAUUGUAGAAGCAUGGAAAGGAGUGUGAAGGGAAUUGAAAUUUGGGACAACAAAGCUGCCGAUUUAAAGUAAAAGAGAAGUUUUUAUUUGGCCAAAGAAAAACAAAAUACAAAAGGAAACAAAAGCUAGAGUCCAGAAAUACACAGAAAUAAUCUGAUUAAUGUGCCACAUGUUGUACAAAGCACUUUGAGUGCUCUGGGAGAGCAGAAAUAAAACAAUCAGUCCAUUUACCUUUUACACAACGAAUGACAGUUCAUGGCGGUUUUAUGUCACAAGUAUCCACAGGAAGUAACAUGUUGUGCAACAGCAGGUUAGACUCCAGUGAGAUUUAUACUGAACAUUGAUCAUCAUUUUACUUAUUCUGUUUUAACAGCGUUAUGUUGUUAAAACAAGUUAUGGUGACAAUUUGUGUUACUGUGAGAUGUUUUCUUCUGUCUUAACUUUCUUUUAUCCUGUUUGGUUUUGAAUUGUCUCUUGGGUAUAAAGCUGUUUCUCCCCUUCACCCCCCUUUCUGCAUCCUCAGCAUCACCAACCAUCCUGAAACAACACAGGUAAGAUCACUGCAAAUGCUGGGAUCAGGAAAUCAAGAUUAAUUUAAUGUAGAAGUUGAUUUUUUUUUUUAUCAUUCUCAUUUUUUACUUAAUCAUUGAGAAAAGGAAGAAUUACCAAGGGGAAGCAGCUUUUUGUGAUGUAUAGACGCAGAUGUGUUUUUUCCAAUAUUGUCUAUCAUUAUUUUAGAUAUUAGCAUCCAGUGUUUGCAAUUUUCUUGAACAUGGGAUUAUGUACCCUAACAUAUCAAGUGUGCUUAAAUGAAUUGGUCCUGAUGGAAUUAAUCUAUUUGUAUUACAACUACAUAUAAGACUUGUUUGCAUAAAGAAAUCAAUAUUAAAAAUACAGUGGUUUUG